AUGAGAGCAAUCGUGGAGCAGCGCAUGCACCUCCUGCAGCUCUGCAAAAACAUUUUUCAAGUUCGGCCACCGAGGACGUGCAGCAGCAGAGUCUUUGGAAUGGGCACACAGCCGGUGUCGUGGCCCGUGGCCGCGGCGGAGCGGGACCACCGGACCGGACUGGACCGGACCGGACCGGACCGGACCGGAGCGCGGUCAUCAGCCACAGCGGCGGCGGAUGAGGCAGCAGCCCGGUCGGGGGCGGGGGGAGGGAGUCAGGCCGUGGAUGUUGCGUCUGAACGAGGCUGAUCAGACUAUGAUGCAGUGACGGGCUACUAGAACACACGCGCACACACACACACACACACACACACACACACACGCACACACAUACGUGAACACGCUCGGGUAGACGAAAGGAGGGAGGAACGGCACGCGAAUGCGCAAGGGAAAUGAUCCGCUUGUAGACUAUGGCACCGUCGGGCUCGCGUAGUGUCAAGUGGGGCUGUUGGAGAGUUUUGUACUGGAUCCCGGUCCUGUUCAUCGCUCUCAUAGUGGCUUGGUCAUACUACGCCUAUGUUUUCCAGCUUUGCAUAGAGUCAAUUGAAGACACUGGGGAAAAGGCCGUGUACUUGCUGGUGUACCAUGUCAUUUUCAUCAUGUUCGUGUGGGCGUACUGGCAAACCAUCUUCACCAGGCCCAUGAACCCCCUGAAGGAGUUUCACCUGUCCCACUCUGACAAGGAGCUGCUGGAGCGUGAAGAUCGGGGAGAGUCCCAGCAGGAGAUCCUGAGGAGGAUAGCCAAGGACCUGCCCAUCUACACCCGCACCAACUCCGGAGCGAUCCGUUUCUGUGACCGCUGCCAGCUGCUGAAGCCUGAUCGAUGUCACCAUUGUUCAGCGUGCGAUAAGUGCAUCCUGAAGAUGGAUCACCACUGCCCCUGGGUGAACAACUGUGUGGGAUUCUCAAACUACAAGUUUUUCAUGCAGUUCCUGGCGUACUCACUUCUUUACUGCCUUUUUAUAACCGCCACAGACCUUCAGUACUUCGUUAAGUUUUGGACAAAAGGCCUCCCAGACACUCAGGCGAAGUUCCACAUCCUGUUCCUCUUCUUCUCAGCCUCCAUGUUUUCCGUCAGCCUGGCGGCGCUCUUCAUUUACCACUGCUGGCUCGUCUGUAAGAACAGAUCCACUCUGGGUAGGUGCCUGUCUGUGUGUUCCUGUAUUUGGGCGUUUGAAGACGCGUUUGAGCGUCCAUCUCUGCACAAAAGACGAUGUGUCAGCAUCAUCUCUUUUUGAUGAGCCUACCUGCCUUGUUUCUCAUUAGGAGCGCACAGUGGAGACACUUUGUCUGCGUGCGCUCAGGUCGGUGGAUUAUCCAGAGGAGUAUGUUACAGUGUAGCGCAAAGACACAGAGCUCAGGUCCGUAAGGAGCUUAGAAACAGACACCGAUAGUCCCACCUGGCGGAACGGUGCCAGCCGCGCACAACAGAGAUACUUUGAUUCAGAGUUAUUUGACUGAUGCCAAGGCGCGGUGCGACGGGCUCCUGUCGGAUCUGAGGGAGCUCCCGUCUCCCGUCUGUUCGAAUAACAGAUCAUUUAGGCCCCUGAGGAGGGAGCGAUGCGCUUAUCCGCCUGAAACAGGCCCACUCCCUCUCUCUGUCUGUUAUUUUCAGAGGCAGUGCGUGCCCCGGUGUUUCGCCACGGCCCGGACAAGAACGGUUUCAGCCUGGGCUUCAGUAAGAACUUCCGCCAGGUUUUUGGCGACGAGGUCAAAUACUGGCCUCUUCCCGUGUUCUCCAGUUCGGGGGACGGCUGCUCGUUCCCAACCUGCCUGGUGAACCUGGACCCGGAGCAGCCCUCCUCGCCCCCCGGCUGCGGCUCUGCCCCCAACACUGGAGCAGAGAGCCGCCAGUUCCCCUCCAAACCGCUCAGAGAGAGCCAGAGCCGGCUGCUGACCAGCACGCCCUCCUGGUCAGAGAGUGAGGGUGCAACAGAAAAGGACAGAAAGGGCAAGAACCAUUUUCUGCCUGUCUGCUUGUGAUGCCUGUAGAGCACUGUGCAAAACGUCACGAGUCGGCAAGAUAAGAAGCUGGCGCGUCAAUAGGAACACGAGAACAUUAAAAAAGUAGUUUGGGCAAAGUUUGUUUCUGUAUCCUAUAACAGCUCGAACCCUCUGUCUUCAGCAAAUGGCUCUCCGGGCUUCUUAAAGGACGUCCCAAAGCUCUUCUUUGGACGCCGGCUGCUUUUCCUUUUAAAUUCUCUGUCAGAUAAUCCCACGCUGCUUCAAAAAUGCAGAGGUCAUCCUUUGGUCAGACCUAUUACUGGUGGGAUACAAGAACUUCUUGCAUCUUUUGGCUUGGUUUAGUCUUUUCUCCCCGUCUCCUUUCCUUAAGAAUUACUUCUUGACUGCCACCCUUUCACGUAGACUGUUUCUGAUAAGACUUCAGAGAACUGUAGACAGAUCCGAUGAGGGUGCAGAUACUUCUGUAACUCGUUUGCUGCAUUUAUUCUUUCCCUUUCAGAUAUGCUCAUCUAUCCUCCACUUGUUUACCUUCCUUAAAGUUUUUGUACACACGUUGACUCUCAUACUGAGAUAGGCUGCAGGUUAUAACGUUGCUGCAAAAAACACAGUUGUCUGUCUGUCAACCUGUCGUCUUGGUGCUUUUUGGAGAUACAACCAGAGAAAUGAGCCGACAUUCUGCGAGUUACACAGUUAAAAUACAGUUUAGAAAUGUCUGCAAUGUGUUCACACAACACCGGUCCAUCCUUUCAGUUUGGUGCCUUUUUUUAAAUUGCUUUUCCUUGAAUGAUUCAUGGGUCAGAAAAAUAAACUGAUUGGUCUGAAAUAAUUGGUCAAUGAAAAAUCCACAAAUGUCCAAAUUAAAACUCUUAAAGACCUUCGAAAAGUUUGGAGAACUAUUGCGCUCGAGUAUUUUAAAAGAUUGUAAGGAAAAGAUAAAGAAGUAAACACAGAUUAUGACUUUUGAACAGUGUAUGUAAUGUAUGUGUGUGUGUAUGUGCAUAUUUACAUUUUUUUGCGUAUUUUAUGACUAAAAUGGUGAAUUGUAUUCCAUCUGUGGGCGUCUCAGGUGCCUGUAACCCUUCGCUGACCAUAGAGAAUGAGGCG